GCUCUCAGCGAAAAAAAUUUUUUGUCUUUCUUUUCCCAAUUCCUGAAGACUUUUUUUUUUUGAAACCGGGUCUGUCUUCACUUUCAUCGCACACAUCGCGUGGAAUGGACGUUAAAAAUUCAGUGGAUAAUUUUUGAGGAACAAUAAAAAUUAAGUUACUGUGAAAUUAAAGAAAAAAAAAUAACAGUGGAAUUCCUCAAACCCUGAAAAAUUCUCACAGAAACGGAAAAGAAUCAAGAAAAAGAAAACGAAAGUAAAAGUGAAAAAAAAAAAUAAGAAAACGAGAAGUGAGAAAAGAAUUCUUUAACGUUAUUAUGAUCAAAGAAAGGCAAAGGAAGUAGAAAGAAUAAUAAAAAAAAUUUGUGUGCUGUUGAAAAAUUAAUUUCAAAAAGACUUUAAGAAAAAAAAAAUAUCUCAACUAAGUGGAUUACAAACUAUAAGGAACAAAAAAUGAAAGCGAUCUAUCUUUUAAGUCUCUUCUUCUUAAGCGCUAGUGCUGUUAUUAAUCAAGAAGCACAGAGACGUGAAGCGCCAGCAUAUCCACAACGAGAAUAUGGACCACCACAGCGACAACCUGCAAGAAACUUACAUGCUAUGCAAAGAUUAAUUGCUGCUAUGAGAAAUGGUGGACAUAAUGGACAAGCACGUGUUGUUAAUCGACCACAACCAAUUCCUGUUAGAAACACUUAUGGACCUCCAGCUCAGCAACCUGUUGCAAGACCUCAACAAAGUUAUGGUGCUCCAGCAGCAGCUGGUGGAUAUAGCAGCAGUAGUGGAAGUCUUGAAGCAUUCACACACAAUCAUAAUCCAGAUGUUCGUUGUGAUGGAUGGAUUCCAAUUCCCGGACCUUCAAUUCCUCAUUCAGCAGGCGGUUCUGCAAGCUCAGGCUCAAUCGUUGAUACAUCUUAUGGACCACCAAAACAUAAUUCAGGAAGUCUUAGUAUUGUAGUACCUGAAGAUACAUCUUACUCAAGUGGAUCAUCUUCAGCCUCAUCAGGAUCAAUUGACACAUCAUACGGUGUCCCACAACCUCCAUCUAAUCCACAAAGAGAAUAUGGCCCACCUUCUUCCUCAAGCUCAAUCGGAAGCGGAUCAUCCAGCUCAUUCGGAGGUAGUUCAUCACAUUCUUUCGGAAGUGGAUCAUCUGGCUCAUUUGGAUCAGUUGAUACAUCGUAUGGACCUCCUCAACGUCAACCACACAGUAACUAUGGACCACCAACAGCCCCACCAGCUCCAAUUGCUCCACAACACAGUUAUGGACCACCACAUUCGUUUGGAGGUGGAUCUUCAGCUUCAUCGGGAUCAAUUGAUACAUCAUUUGGAGUACCGCAACCACCAGUUAACCCACAGAGAGAAUACGGACCUCCACCCACAUCUCACUCAUCCGGAAGUGGAUCAUUGAGCUCAUUUGGUUCUAGUUCUUCGAACUCCUUCGGAAGUGGAUCAAUUGAUACAUCAUAUGGAGUACCUCAACCACCAUCUAACCCUCAAAAAGAAUAUGGACCUCCAGCAACAUCCAGCUCAUUUGGAAGUGGAUCUUCAAGUUCAUUCGGAAGUAGUUCAUCAAAUUCAUUCGGAAGUGGUUCAUCUAGCUCAUUUGGCGGACUUCCAGAACCUCGUAGACCACAAAACAACUAUGGACCACCAGUUCCUCCAGCCCCGCCAGCACCAAUCGCUCCUGUACCAAUUUCACCACACAAUACUUACGGAGCUCCAAAUUCAUUUGCUAGCGGUUCAUCAGCUUCUUCUGGAUCUUUUGGUAAUCAAGAAAUUUCUUUCAAUAUCCCACAACCAGCACCCGUCGCUCCUCAAAACAGCUAUGGCCCACCAGCUCCUCAAGUAAUUCCAAUUGCUCCUCAAAAUAGCUACGGACCUCCUUCACAUUCCAGCAGUGGUGGAUCAGCAAACUCAAUUCAUACACCUGACAAUUCAUAUGGACCACCAAUUAUUGUUGGAAGUGGACAUGCUUCAUCGGCAUCAGCUAUUGCUUCAAUUGAUAACACUUAUGGACCACCAAAUCAUCAUCCAGCUCCAGAAAAUAACUAUUUACCACCACAAGCUCUUACAAGUUCAGGACAUUCAUCAUCUGGUUCCGUUUCAUCAAACAGUAACUCAUAUUCAGGACCACCACCUAUUGGACAUUUAACUUAUGGUGUACCACAAAAUCCACAAGAUUUCGGACCUCCAGAAUCUUCUUAUGGACCACCACCAAGUGGAUUAGUUGAAUUUAAGCACUCAGGUGGACAUGAUGGAACAAUUGACACAGUUCCAAAUCUCCCUACAGACAUUCAAUUGCCAAUCGCUGAUUCUGGUGCACAUUUCGAUAAUGCUAUUGGUUUUGUGUCAUCAACUCUUGGAGUUUCGGCAAAUAGUGAAGUAAUUAAGUCACAAGCAAUUCAUGAAAGUCACACAUCAGAAGUAAGUAUACCUCACUUUGUCAACACAAAUUCCAAUAGAAACUCACUUCCCAACCAUUCACAAUACCCACAAAAACAGGUGGCAACUUCAAAUAGCUUCUCAAGUGGAAGUGGCUUUUCAGCCGGAAGUAGUGACUCGUACUCAGCACCUCCAUUAGACUCUUAUGCACCAGGCAAAUAUCCAUCAUCUUAUAAUGGUAGAAAACCAGCAGGACCACCCCAAAGACCAAUUGCUCCACAAAGACCUAUUCAUCACUCAGCACCCCCACCUCCUCAAAGACCAAUUUCCCCACCAAGACCAAAUUAUGGUCCCCCAAUUCCAACAAAGACAGUCAGACCACAAGCACCUCCACCAAAUUUCCGUCCAUUAAACAAUCAUGCACAAACUGUUGCUCAAAGCUACUCAUCACAAUCUCACUCAAUUCAGCAAACUGCUGUUCGUCCAGUCCGUCCAUUGAUUCAUCGUCAACCAGUUCCACAAGGAUUAAUUCAAUCCAUUGGACAGAAUGUUCAAGUACAAGAUGCCCGUGGAUCUUCACACGGACUUUCUGGGGGAAAGACUUACUUGCCACCACCUACAAAUGAGGUUCCAAUUCCACCAAUGAGAUUAAUUGUGCCAAGUCCAGGACCAGUUCAACAAUUCCAACAUCACUCUCAUAAUUCUCAUAAUUCUCACAAUUCUCACAACUCUCACUCUCAAGCUGGCGGUGUGGCAACAUCUAGUUCAUCAUUCUCUUUACAGAAUCAAGAUUUAAGACAUGUUCAUGUAAUCCAUGACUGUGGUAAAGGACCACAAUUGCAAAAUACUUACGGAGCUCCAUCGGGAGGACAUUCUCAAACUUAUCAGGCACCAUUAGUCAGUGAAUCACAUUCAGCUGUCUUAAGCGCGGGUUAUGAAGUUCCAGCUCAAGCUUUAGAAGUUCCGCAACACAAUUCAAUUAAUUUUAAUGCACCAUCAAACAGUUAUGGACCACCUUCAAACUCUUACGGACCUCCCGCCUCAGGACCAGGACAUUUAGAAGUUGUUGGACUUGAAUCACGUAAUAAUGCAGUCGUUUCAGAACUAACGCCAUCAGAAUCAAGAGACACUCCUAGAGCUCAACUUCCAGGUCUUAACAGCGGUUUAAGCAGUUCCGGAUUAGAUUUCAUCUCAGCAAUCAAAUCUCACUCAAUUGAAGUGCCACAAAAUCAAGGUUCAGUCGCUAACUUCCAACUUCAAAUUCAAGGUUCACAAUCACAUGACAAUCGAAUUGAUGGAACCAAUCAUAAACAAAUCUUAGACGAUGGACUUUUACAAUCAAUUUUGACAGCAAUCGAGCAAAAGCCAGCUCAAACAGUGCCGCAAGUAACUGAAGAUGCUGAGUCCGAACAUACAGAAGCCAAAACAUUCCUUAAAAGUCGCGAAGGUCAGCAAGUGCUAGGCGAUAAAACUUCAGAUGCCAAGAAAAACUGAAAUGUAACAAAAAAGUUUCGACUGAUAGGAAGUUUUUAAAAUGAAAUCAAAAAUUUAUUAGGUCUGAUGAAAGUGCCAUUUUCAUUAUAUAUUGGGAUCAUAAAAUAAAAUUAUAGGCAGUAGAUGUGAAAGAGGAAGGAGAUAGCAGUAGAGAUUAAAAAAAUGAAUAAUGGCACUUUCUUCACCUUUUUUACGUUUUCAAACUGUUGUGCUCGAAUUGUGUGAUUGUGAAUUUUUGUAUGUUGUGCGUCUGGUGCUUGAUAAUAAAAUUUAUAGAGAAUAUGUCAUCGAUUUUUGGUGAAUAAAGCGCAUUUUUUAAAAUUUUCAAAAAAUUGCUCCACUUCGAAGAGUUUUUUGCAAUUUUUAAGUAAACUAAAACUUUAAUUGACUUGAAAUAAAGUUAAUCUUCAGCAAAAAAGUGGCAAAAGCUAAUGUCAAUCAAGUUUCACUGCCAAAACUCAAGAACUUCAAAGAUUUACCAAAACCAAAGUGUCAAAAAAAAAUUUCAAAAUGUUUUGCAAAAAUGCGCUAACCAAAAAAUCGAGGAAUUUCCAUAAAAAUUUCUUUAUUCAAGUGAGUGUAAAAUAUUUUAAAUGCUGAAUGCUGAUAGUCAAUAAGCUGCUUUUAUUUAUUAUUACAUAACUCUAUCAAUAAUAAUCCGCUUAAUUUAGUAUAACAAAGUACGUCGAAUGAGUCUCUUUGUCUCAGUUCCGAAAAUGAAAUAACUGAAUUAAAUCAUCAUAAAAAUUAUUACAAUAUCAAGUGGAAAUGAAGCAGGAAAAAAAUAUCAUUGUUUUUGUUGCCAUAAAAAGAAAUAUUGUCUGCAUUACUUAUCUGAAAUUUGCUUGAUUUUUGUAUUUGGAAAGUAUAGAAAAUAUUUUAAAAGGAAUUAUGUAAAUUGAAAAGGUUUUUAAAGAUGCUUUAGAGGUUAUGUAAAGCAUCAUAAAAACGAUUAAUAUCGAUUCUUUAAAAAUAUUUUGUGAAAAUGUUCGAAUGAAAAUUUUUGAAAAAAAUUAUGAAAAUUAAUAUUUUUGAAAAUUUUAUGUUACCAUCAAUUUUGUAAGAUGAAGUUUAUGAUGAG